AUGUUAGUCAUUGAAAUCGUGCCUAAAAGAAAGAAAGUGGAAGAAGAAGCUGACAUAUGUUACGGACGAAUAUUUAUCGAAGCUGUUGAAGCGAUCGAAGAAGAGGAAGAAAGUGAUGAUGAAAAUAUGCCUUUAUUCGAAAUGGAAUUUCGUGCGAGUGGUCCUGGUAAGAAUUGGAUAAAGAAUUUAGUAGCGAAGCAAAGAUUUACCGUUCGUUUGCAAGAACUGCGCACGCCUGCGUCUGACGAUGAUGUGGGACAAGAAAUUACUUCUGUUUUGGAGCGAGCCAUUCUUAAAGAAAUGAAAAAGAGGGAAAAGGUGGCUCCUCAUCAUGUCGUUCAUUUCCAUAUACAAGCCGGAUAUUCUCAUGCGUUUCGAUCUGCGAGUUUUACAGUGGAAGAAUUUGUGAAGGAAGUCCGCUGUUGCAGACCUAAAUGCAAACCUUGGCAGAAUAAUUAAAUUCAGGGGAACGGUUUGACAAAUUUUAAGCUGAAUUAACUUUGAUUUGCUCCUUCUAAUGGUGUUUGAAAACGUUAGCGUGUCAAACGCAUCGAAAAGAUUGAAAGAAUUUGUGAAGGAAGUCCGCAGUUGCAGACCUAAAUGCAAACCUUGGCAGAAAAAUUAAAUUCAGGGGAACGGUUUGACAAAUUUCAAGCUGAAUUCAUUUUGAUUUGUACUCCUUCUAGUGGUGUUUGAAAACGUUAAGAGUGUCCUACGCAUCGAAAACAAAGAUGAACUUUGUUGUGCGCAUGAAAGCCACAGUACACAAAGACGACGAUGUCAAUUGAGAACGGAUGUAUGAUAAUAUGCGCAAGGGUCGACCAGUGCAAGAAACUCAAGAGCAUGAAUUGCACCGUUUGGCAGGUGUGUAAGAAGGUCCAUGUAAAGUGGGCGAAUUGGAAGAGUUUCAGAGAGUACCGAGUCCCAAGUACCAGAUUUAAGUGUUGUCGAUCGAUAAAUCUCACGAUUAUUUUUAAGGGUCCUUCAGCAUCUAAGAAGAUUUCAUUGAUGAAAUUGGAUGAGCAUUAUCAUGGUUGCACACCAUUUGGUGUUUUUGAAUCGCUCGUAUUACUGUUACGAAUGUGACCGAGGAUUCAACACGGAAGAUUACGAACAUCAUCCUUGUGAAGGUAGGAAAUGUGUGUCGUGUUAUCGCAUGAAUUGUCCCGAGUUCCGUCGACAUGAGGAGCCUUCUGGAAAGAGUGCUAAAUGUCUUCGUUUUACGGAGAAGAACGGACAAGAUUGUUAUCAGUACCAUUUGGGUCGUGCCAAUUCCUGCGCAAAAUCUGUUUGCAAAAUGUACAAGAAGUUUCCUGAUUGUUGCAAGAUAGUGUAAAGCAACGAUAAGAAGAGAUGGACACAUGGUGGGGUUUGAAGAUCCGUGAAGGUUAAGCAUUGUUGUGAAGUUGAAAAGUCUGCGAAGAAUACAAAGUAUGUCGAUAAGAGAAGUCACAAAUGGUACAUUUAACCAGCACAAGAAGAAGAAAGAAAAUCUGAGAAGAUCAGAAGAAAGAAGAGCUAGAAUAGUACGCCUUGAGAAAGAAGGAAAGGAAUUGGAUCAAGAGGGUUUGAUAUUCAAAGAUCCGCCAGUUUUCGUGUAUGCUGAUUACUAUGCUAUGCAGAAUGGAGAAGGAGAACAUCAUCCUAUUCUGGUAUGUUGUGAGAUUGACGAAGAUGAAGGCACAGUAG